CCCCACUGGUAUUGUCAACAAAACAAAAAUUAUUAUUAUACAACACGAUACACAUAUCAAAAAAUUGGAACAAAAUGUUCAAGGAAUUGGUCCUGUUCAUCCAUAAAUUGGCUCACGACUUUUGCUUGGCCCCUCCAAAAGCUCCGGAUACGCGACAAAGCUGUCGCUUGCCGGUUAAGAAUGGGUUCUUAGCCAACUUGAUUUUCUUUAUUGCCAUCGGAACACCGCUAUAUUUUUGCCUGCUGAAGGAUGUGGUCGAUAUGAUCCGAAAACCCGCAAAGAAAUCCUCUUAAAAUGUUAAUUUUUCACUGCAAUCUAUGGGUCGGUCGGUCAGUGUUACUUAAUAUAUGAAAAUAAACUAAUAUAGUUUGCUGGUUACUCA